AUGGCCCGCGGCACCUCACUCGGCCUCAAGACCGUCCAGUGGCUCAUCCGCCUCGUGCAGCUCCUCUGCGCCGUCAUCAUCCUCGGCAUCUACUCGUACCUGCUCGCCGCCCUCGCCAACCACAACCUGCCCACGCCCACCAACGUCCGCGCCGUCGAGGGCGUCGUCGGCGUGGCCGUUGCCUACGCCCUGCUCGGCCUGCUGCUGCUGUGCUGCUUUGCCGGCCGCACCCUCACGUCCUUUGUCGCCAUGUGUUUUGAUUUUGCGUUUUUGGCAGCCUACAUUUUCGUGGCGGUGGCGAACAAAAACGGCGCGGGGAGCUGCACCGGUGAGGUGACGACGGUGUUUGGAAAGGGCAAGGCCGAGGACACGCUCGAUGCCGGAGGUGGCUUUACCAAGAUUCCGAGCUAUCGCACGGCGUGCAAGCUCGAGACGGCGUGUCUCGCCAUUGCCAUUAUUGCCAUCUUCUUCUACAUCUUUUCCAUCUUUGUCGAGCUCGCUCUUGGCCGCCACCACCAGCGCGAGAAGCGCCUCGCCAACUCGCCGCCCCAGAUGCAGAUGCCCUACGCCGAGAAUCCCUACAACAACAACCCCGACCAACCCGACUCGCCCCAGCAGCAAGCCCCGGCCGCCGGCUUUCUCGGCCGCGUCUUUGGUCGUCGCCGUCGCGGCCAGCAGGCCCUUGCCCAAGACGACCCCAACAUCCUCCCCGAGCACGCCCACCCCGCCGACAUGGUCUCGGGCGGCGCCGCGGCGGCGCCCAACAACCGCGACUCGCAGGCCACCGCCGUCGGCCAGGAUCCGCAGUCCCCGUACAACAGCAACAAGUACGAGACGGGUUAUGGAAAUGCCGGCAGCUUACCGACGUCGCCGCACCCCCACAAUCCCAUGGUGACGGGCCAGACGCAUGCGUACGCCGGCGACUCGUACGCGCACGCCGGUGACUCGUACAUGCACGCUGGCGGAUCGUACACGCAUGCCGGCGACCACUACGGUCAUGCCGGCGACCACUACCACCACCAUUACCGCGGAGACAACGCGGCGGCGGCGACGACUGCGCUGCCGUACCCAGACGAUGGCCCGUAUGACGGCCCGUACGAACCGCAUCGGGCAGAGCCGGCGACAAUUCCUCAUUACCAGAUGGGCCCGAGAUAUCCGGCCCCGAGUUAUCGUUAUGAUGAUGGCAUCUAUGAUCGCCCGUAA